AUGCGUGACCAACUCUCAGAGAAUGGCUCGAUACGUGAGGCAGCAAAUUCGUUUUGCUCCUGUGUUGGCGGGUCGGGGGGGUGCUUUUGGGCUGCUCGGGCAGCAUUAGAGGGUGAAUUCAUUAUCUAUCUAUCUCAGUCUGUUGUCUAUCUAUCUAUCUAUCUAUCUAUCUGCUUGUUGUCUAUCUAUUGUCUAUUUAUCUCUCUAUCUGUUGUCUAUCUCAGUCUAUUGUCUAUCUAUUGUCUGUCUAUUUAUCUCUCUAUUUGUUGUCUAUCUCAGUCUAUCUAUCUAUCUAUCUAUAUCAGUCUGUUGUCUAUCUAUCUCAGUCUAUCUAUCUAUCUAUCUAUUUAUCUCAGUCUGUUGUCUAUCUAUCUAUCUAUCUAUCUAUCUAUCUAUCUAUCUAUCUAUCUAUCUAUGUCUCUUAUCUAUCUAUCUAUGUCUCUUGUCUAUCUAUCUAUCUAUCUAUCUAUCUAUCUAUCUCUGUCUGUUGUCUAUCUAUCUAUCUCUGUCUGUUGUCUAUCUAUUGUCUGUCUAUUUAUCUCUCUAUCUGUUGUCUAUCUAUCUAUCUAUCUAUCUAUCUAUCUCAGUCUGUUGUCUAUCUAUCUAUCUAUCUAUCUCAUAUAUCUAUCUAUCUAUCUAUCUAUCUAUGUCAUUCUCUUCAUAUCUAUCUCAUUCUCUUCAUAUCUAUCUAUCUAUCUCAUUCUCUUCAUAUCUAUCUAUCUAUCUAUCUAUCUAUCUAUCUAUCUCAUUCUCUUCAUAUCUAUCUCAUUCUCUUCAUAUCUAUCUAUCUAUCUCAUUCUCUUCAUAUCUAUCUAUCUAUCUCAUUCUCUUCAUAUCUAUCUAUCUAUCUCAUUCUCUUCAUAUCUAUCUCAUUCUCUUCAUAUCUAUCUAUCUAUCUCAUUCUCUUCAUAUCUAUCUAUCUAUCUCAUUCUCUUCAUAUCUAUCUAUCUAUCUAUCUAUCUAUCUAUCUAUCUAUCUAUUUAUCUCAUUCUCUUCAUAUCUAUCUAUCUCAUUCUCUUCAUAUCUAUCUAUCUAUCUCAUUCUCUUCAUAUCUAUCUAUCUAUCUCAUUCUCUUCAUAUCUAUCUAUCUAUCUAUCUAUCUAUCUAUCUAUCUCAUUCUCUUCAUAUCUAUCUAUCUCAUUCUCUUCAUAUCUAUCUAUCUAUCUAUCUAUCUAUCUCAUUCUCUUCACAUCUAUCUAUCUCAUUCUCUUCUUCAUCUCUAUCUAUCUCAUUCUCUUCAUAUCUAUCUAUCUAUCUAUCUCUAUCUAUCUCAUUCUCUUCAUAUCUAUCUAUCUCAUUCUCUUCAUAUCUAUCUAUCUAUCUCAUUCUCUUCAUAUCUAUCUAUCUAUCUAUCUAUCUAUCUAUCUAUCUAUCUCAUUCUCUUCAUAUCUAUCUCAUUCUCUUCAUAUCUAUCUAUCUCAUUCUCUUCAUAUCUAUCUAUCUCAUUCUCUUCAUAUCUAUCUAUCUCAUUCUCUUCAUAUCUAUCUAUCUAUCUCAUUCUCUUCAUAUCUAUCUAUCUAUCUCAUUCUCUUCAUAUCUAUCUAUCUCAUUCUCUUCAUAUCUAUCUAUCUCAUUCUCUUCAUAUCUAUCUAUCUAUCUAUCUCAUUCUCUUCAUAUCUAUCUAUUUAUCUCAUUUUCUUCAUAUCUAUCUAUCUAUCUAUCUAUCUAUCUAUCUAUCUAUCUAUCUAUCUAUCUAUCAGGGUCCUGUUCAUAUCUUUCUCUCUCUCAUUCUUUUCAUAUCUCUCUCUCUCUCAUUCUAUUCAUAUCUAUCUCUCUCUCAUUCUAUUCAUAUCUAUCUCUCUCUCAUUUUAUUCAUAUCUCUCUCUCAUUCUGUUCAUAUCUUUCUCUCUCAUUCUAUUCAUAUCUCUCUCUCUCAUUCUAUUCAUAUCUCUCUCUCUCAUUCUAUGCAUAUCUAUCUCUCUCAUUCUAUUUAUGUUUAUUAGUCUCUCUCAUUCUAUUCAUAUCUCUCUCUCUCUCAUUCUAAUCAUAUCUCUCUCUCUCAUUUUCAUAUCUCUCUCUCUCAUUCUGUUCAUAUCUUUCUCUCUCAUUUUAUUCAUAUCUCUCUCUCUCAUUCUGUUCAUAUCACUCUCUCUCAUUCUGUUCAUAUCACUCUCUCUCAUUCUGUUCAUAUCACUCUCUCUCAUUCUAUUCAUAUCUCUCUCUCUCAUUCUAUUCAUAUCUCUCUCUCUCUCUCAUUCUAUUCAUAUCUCUCUCUCUCAUUCUAUUCAUAUCUCUCUCUCUCUCUCAUUUUAUUCAUAUCUCUCUCUCUCAUUCUAUUCAUAUCUCUCUCUCAUUCUAUUCAUAUCUCUCUCUGUCUCAUUCUAUUCAUAUCUAUCUCUCUCAUUCUAUUCAUAUCUCUCUCUCUCAUUCUAUUCAUAUCUCUCUCUCUCUUAUUCUAUUUAUGUUUAUCUCUCUCUCUCAUUCUAUUCAUAUCUCUCUCUCAUUCUAUUCAUGUUUCUCUCUCAUUCUAUUCAUAUCUUUCUCUCUCUCAUUCUGUUCAUAUCUCUCUCUCUCUCAUUCUGUUCAUAUCUUUCUCUCUCUCAUUCUGUUCAUAUCUUUCUCUCUCUCAUUCUGUUCAUAUCUUUCUCUCUCUCAUUCUGUUCAUAUCUUUCUCUCUCUCAUUCUGUUCAUAUCUAA